AUGGCUAAAAUGUCUUACACUUUACCCCCUCCUGGGUUAGGAGGAAUGAUGUUGGACAAGAAUAAAAUACCACUUAUCCUUCAUUCCUCCUCCCGGACAUCAUCAUCAUCUUUAUCCUUCAUUUCCAUGUCUAUAUCCACGCUUUUACCCCUUGUUCUUUACCUCUCCCUUCUAACCUCCACCCUCGCGGCCCCUACCGCCUUCACCCCGAAAGAUAGUUUCUUCAUUGCUUGUGGAAGCAAUAAUAAAAUAGGCACCCCUGAUGGAAAAUCCUACCAAUCUGAUCAAGACGCUCAUGGGUUUCUUUCUGCAGAAGAUAAGUACCUUGUUUCUGACCCGAAUGCAAUUGUUCCUUCAAAGAUAUAUUCUUCUGCAAGAGUUUUCUUAAAGGAUGCAACCUACACGUUUACAUUGCAGGAUUCUGGUUGGCAUUGGGUUCGACUCCAUUUCCUUCCCAUUAAGACCGACAUUUUCAAGCUUGAAACGGCGAGUUUUAAUGUUUACACUAAUGAAGUCACAUUACUUCAUAGCUUUAGUACAACCAACCUUACAAUGAAGGAGUACCUUAUCCAUGUUAAGUCACAAAGGUUUUCUAUUAAGUUUGAGCCUCAAAAAUCCUCGGCUGCUUUCAUUAAUGCCAUUGAAGUUUCCACCGCACCAGACACCUUGAUUGGUGAUUCUGGGCAAUCUUUAUCUCCAGUAGGUGAGUUUAAUGGUCUGAAUCAAAACUCACUUGAAACCAUGUAUCGAGUUAAUGUGGGUGGAAAUUUAGUUACAGCUGAUAAUGACACCCUUGGUCGAACAUGGGUUCAAGAUGGUCAGUAUCUCAACAAUAAAGCUAUGGCGAAAAAUGUUAAUGUUCAAACCUCUGUUAUUAAGUACCCUCAAGGAGUCACCCCUUAUAUAGCCCCACAAACGGUUUAUGCAACUGCAGCUGAAAUGGCUGAUUCAAACACCAUGGUCCAAAGCUUCAACGUCUCAUGGGAUUUUACCGUUGAGAAGUCUUACUCUUACUUAGUAAGGCUACAUUUUUGUGACAUUGUUAGUACAUCCCUUAAUGACUUGUAUUUCAAUGUCUAUAUUAAUGGGAAAACCGCUAUUUCUUCAUUGGAUUUAUCUUCAAUAACGGGUAAAUUAGCCACCCCGAAUUACCAAGACAUUGUUGUUGAUUCCUCUUUGGUUCAAGAUAAAGUCUCUGUUCAAAUUGGACCGGCUAAAGUUGAUUCCGGGUCUAAAAACGCUAUCCUCAAUGGGGUUGAGGUUUUCAAGAUGAACAACACGGUUAGCAGUUUGGAUGGGGAGUUUGGUCCAGAUGGAAAAGCUGCUUUUGAUGGCAAACAUAAGAAAACAGUCGCCGCAGUUGGGUUUGCUAUGAUGUUUGGAGCCUUUGUUGGGUUGGGCGCAAUGGUGAUUAAGUGGCAUAAGAGGCCUCAAGAUUGGCAAAGGAGAAACAGCUUUUCAUCUUGGUUACUUCCUCUUCAUGCAGGGGACUCAACUGUCUUCGGUAAGAGUAAUUAUGGGUCUCACAAAAGCAGCAUUUUCACCACCGGUGGUCUUGGCCGCAGGUUCACCUUCGACGAGAUCAAGGAUGCUACCAAAAACUUUGAAGCUAGUGGUGUCAUUGGUGUUGGAGGAUUUGGCAAUGUCUACAUUGGAACGUUGGAUGCCACCCAGGUAGCAGUCAAGCGAGGCAACCCUCAGUCUGAGCAGGGUAUCAAUGAAUUCAUGACUGAAAUACAAAUGUUGUCCAAACUUCGGCACAAGCAUUUGGUGUCCCUAAUAGGGUAUUGUGACGAGAAUAAUGAGAUGAUUCUAGUAUACGAGUACAUGUCCAAUGGACCUCUACGCGACCACCUCUAUGGCAAGAACAUGCCUCCAUUAUCAUGGAAGCAGAGACUCGAGAUAAGCAUUGGAGCAGCUCGUGGGCUGCACUACCUCCACACAGGUUCAGCCCAAGGAAUCAUCCAUCGAGAUGUCAAGACAACCAACAUCCUCCUUGACGAAAACUUUGUAUCAAAGAUGGCAGACUUUGGACUCUCCAAAGACGGUCCAGGCCAACAAGCAGACCAUGUCAGUACAGCUGUUAAGGGUAGUUUCGGGUAUCUUGAUCCGGAAUAUUUCAGGAAACAACAACUUACUGACAAGUCAGAUGUGUACUCAUUCGGAGUAGUGUUGCUUGAGGUUUUAUGUGCUCGUCCUGCUAUCAACCCUGCUCUACCUAGAGAGCAAGUCAACCUUGCUGAAUGGGCUAUGAAUUGGAAGAGGAAGGAUAUGCUGGAAAAAAUCCUAGACCCGGUUUUAGUAGGAUCGAUAAACCCAGAAUCCAUGAAGAAAUUUUCUGAAGCAGCAGAAAAAUGUUUGGCUGAGUAUGGAAGUGAUAGGCCUACAAUGGGUGAUGUACUAUGGAAUCUGGAGUAUGCUUUGCAACUUCAAGAGGCAUCGGCUCAGGGUAAGUUAGACGAUGCUACUACAAACCCUAAUCUGAACCCUAAUCCUACUGCUACUACUGUUACACCUGUUGUAACAGAUACAACCCUUGAAACUCGCCCUAGCGCCAUUAUUCCUGAACAGACACGAGCCAUGGAUGAACGAUCUGGAACUGCUUUACUAGCACAAUUCAGCAACCUCAGUGGAAGAUAAAAUUAUAUUUUUUAAAAAUUCCAAUGACUUUUGGAUUAUUGCAAACCAAUUCUCAUGUACAGAUACUUUUGAGUUUUGAUGGUACCGGUGAUGAUCGAUGAAUGGUGGCUUUGUUUUAUUUCGCUUUUCCUAUGUCAAAAAAACAAUUCAAUGGCUGUUAUUUAGUGAUGUUGUUAUAGCUUGUUCAUGUCUAGAAAAAAUUACUUCUCUCUCAAGCUCUGGCGCGGUGUAUGAGUGUAUCGUAAACUUACUCUUACUUGCAGAUAAUAACUUAUUAUGCUGAUUUCGUCUUCAUUGAUUCAUGUAUAUAUAUGUCAGAGAUGAGUGGCAAUAGAAAGUUUUGUGCUUAGAAGAUUUC